CUGUAAGUAGAGCACAGGUAUGCUGUGAAUCGGUGGAGUUGGCAACGCUAUGGCUUAGCGGCUCUGCCUAUGCUAUGCUGUACUACAAUGUGAUGACCUUAUGGUGAGUGCAUUUUGGGAGACGUGGAGAAAAACGCUAUGCUUUUUGAAUGCAAGUCUCACUACAACUGUGUAUUGAAUCGAGUAUUGCAUUCACACAACACGUUAGCGUUUAUGUGAUACACAUUUCAUGUUAGUAGUGGUGAUGUCAACAAUAUUACACACUUAACACCACUCCAUACUAUCACCACAACUGAUCCCAAUACCGAACACCAAUUGUUUUAUUCAUUGUAACCAAUUUUAAUCAAUUGGUUUUACCAUUUUGAGUGCAGUUUUUUUGCACAAUAACUAUAGAUAAUACCAAAUGGCGAUUAAGUUUUUGGAAGUGAUUAAACCGUUUUGCGGUAUUUUGCCCGAAGUGGCAAAGCCUGAGCGCAAGAUCCAGUUCCGGGAGAAAGUCUUAUGGACGGCCAUCACUCUCUUCAUCUUCUUGGUCUGCUGUCAGAUCCCACUGUUUGGCAUAAUGUCUUCGGACUCCGCGGACCCUUUCUAUUGGAUGCGAGUUAUAUUGGCGUCCAAUAGAGGAACUCUCAUGGAAUUGGGUAUUUCGCCGAUCGUCACCUCCGGUCUGAUUAUGCAGCUCUUGGCCGGCGCUAAGAUCAUCGAAGUCGGCGACACUCCCAAAGACCGGGCCCUCUUCAACGGCGCUCAAAAGUUGUUCGGAAUGGUUAUAACGGUUGGUCAGGCGAUUGUGUAUGUGAUGACCGGUAUGUACGGCGAUCCGGCCGACAUCGGCGCCGGUGUGUGUCUGUUGAUCAUCAUUCAGCUGUUCGUCGCCGGUCUUAUCGUGUUGUUGUUGGACGAGCUCUUGCAGAAGGGCUACGGCUUGGGCUCCGGUAUAUCCCUGUUUAUCGCCACCAAUAUCUGCGAGACAAUCGUUUGGAAAGCGUUCAGUCCGGCCACUGUCAACACCGGCAGAGGCACGGAGUUCGAGGGCGCUAUCAUCGCUCUGUUCCACCUCUUGGCCACCCGUCAGGACAAGAUUCGCGGUCUUCGCGAAGCGUUCUAUCGACAGAAUUUGCCGAAUCUGAUGAACCUUUUGGCCACAAUUCUAGUGUUUGCGAUUGUCAUAUACUUCCAGGGCUUCCGAGUGGAUCUGCCCAUCAAGUCGGCCCGUUAUAGGGGACAGUAUAGCUCUUAUCCCAUUAAAUUGUUUUACACGUCAAACAUUCCUAUCAUUCUUCAGUCGGCGCUCGUCUCCAAUUUGUAUGUCAUCUCUCAGAUGUUGGCCGUAAAGUUUAGUGGAAACUUUUUGGUGAACCUAUUGGGUGUUUGGGCCGACGUUGGCGGAGGCGGUCCGGCCAGAGCCUACCCUAUAGGUGGCCUUUGCUAUUACCUCUCGCCACCCGAAACGCUCGGCCAUAUAGCGGAGGAUCCGGUCCACGCAGUCUUAUAUAUCGUGUUUAUGUUGGGUUCGUGCGCUUUCUUCUCCAAGACCUGGAUUGAGGUCUCGGGCUCUUCGGCUAAAGACGUCGCAAAACAACUGAAAGAACAGCAAAUGGUAAUGAGAGGACAUCGGGAGAAGUCGAUGAUCCACGAGUUGAACCGUUACAUCCCGACGGCCGCGGCGUUCGGCGGUCUCUGCAUCGGCGCGCUGUCAGUGUUGGCCGACUUCUUGGGUGCGAUCGGUAGCGGAACGGGUAUUCUGUUGGCCGUCACUAUAAUCUAUCAAUACUUCGAGAUCUUCGUGAAAGAACAGAGCGAAAUGGGAGGUAUGAGUACUUUGCUCUCAUAAACCCGUGCUUUUAGACCCAUCGAUGAAAUCACGAGAUUAUUAAUUAAAUGAAAAUCGAAAAGCAAUUUAAUUUACAUAACAAUAUAAAAGCAUUUUUCAUUUCUCAUACAAAAUAUUUUAAUUAUAAAGGAUUAAAACGAAUAAAUAAAUUAAUUUAAAAAACGAAAAUAUAA